AUGCUUCGUCCGCUCUGGUCUGUCUUGGCUGAUGAUAUCUCUGGCUUCCCUGCCCUACCGGGACCUGCUGCUACCGUUCCAUUCUCUUCUUUUAAAACUGGAAUAGGCAAUGUUAGUGGAGGAGCUGCAGGGGGUACAGCCUUUAAUGGGGGUGGUGACAGUAUUGGUAGCGAAAUUAGUAGCUCUGCUCCUGGAGUCGCCUGCCAAGAGGCACCUGCCUCUCCAUUCCUUCUGUUGCAACAUUCUUCACCCUCACAUCAACAGCCAUUCAGCCCCAGUAACUCCGUCGACUUGGUUCAGUCUCUCCCUCUGCCUGAUAGUUUGCAUUCUACUGAUGCCACUGCUUCAUCGUCCAAAGUAGAAUCUCAGCAGACUGUUGGAGCUAGUUAUCGGAUUGUCGAAGAUCUUCAGUCUAUGCAGUUU